UGUUGUUAAUUUAAACCUGUAUGGCAAAGCAAUGGCGUGUAUACUGCAUGGUUGCAGCCUUAAUCAGCAUGACAACACGCGUGGAAACCGCAUUUCAGAGUUCUUUUAUAGAAUCGAGGGGCUGGUCCAUGCCUCUGUGGUCUGGCCCGUCAGAGCUUCCUCCAGGCUUCAUGUCCAGGUCUCCCUCCCUCUCCAGUAGCCCAGAACCAUGGCUGCUGCCAGGCUGCAGUUCUGUCUAUGACAGCCUUAUGAGUAACUCAUCCCCAGCCACCCCUCCGUCUACGCAGAGUGGAAACAGGGAGCCUGUCUCCGUUUCAAACAAGCCUCGCCGGUCAUCCAUUCUGGAGCGCUGUAUCCUCAGGAUGUCUUCUGCUAGUGUUGCUGUGGGAACAGAGGAUAUGGAUGGAGUCAGGAGAACUCAGUCAGGGAUGCGCUGGGGUUCCCGCAAUCUGGACCUUGCCCAAAUGGAGAGCAAUGAGUCGGUGCUGAAACGGCGGCAGAAACAGAUCCAGUAUGGACAGAACACCUUGGGCUACCAGAACUACCUACAGCAGGUUCCCAAGCGUCUGAGGAUCCCAGGGCUCCACCCUUCCACCCCAAACAAGCACAGGAAAUACAGCCGCAGGUCAUGGGACAUGCAGGUGCGUUUGUGGAGGAGGGCGCUGCAUGCCUGGGACCCUCCCACUGGCCUAUCUGGUGAGGCCCAGGGACAGGACCCUGUUGACCAGCUUCAGGGCCUGUUGGAGCAGAUGAACUGUGACCUGUAUGAAGACAACGAGGACUUGGGGAGGAAGGAACAAGAAACUACCCCAAGCUCUAAAGCUUCUUUGUCCCCUACACCUGCCAGCCUGCCUGUCGGCAGUACCUGGAUGGGACCUCAGAUGGACAUGUCCAGCCCCAGGCUCUCCUCAGCUCAGGCUGGCCUGGCUUACUCCUUCAGAAGCCAGAUGACUGCCGAGGAGAACGUCCUGGGCUGGCUCCGCUUCCUUCUAGAGACUGACCACAACCCGGACGUCACCCGUGGACGCGUUCGUGAUCAUUCCUAUGAACAGAUGCCUGUGCUGAACGACUGCAUGUCCUGGAAACCUUACUGAUGCUGGCUAUCGCUCUGUAGCUUGAUCUGAAAAAUGCAUGCUUCAUUUUACGAAAAGGCUGAUAUGAUUUAGAUGUUGUCCAUCUAUUAAAGGUAAGGCUUUCACCUAUAAGAUCGUGUUGGCCUACCAUGGGAAUGAGAGAAAUGAAGGAUGCAUUUUUGGGGGUUUUGCAACAAGGCUUGUCUGUCAUGUCACUGCCAAUCAGACAUGCAGGGGUGCACAGGGUGUAGUGCUAGCUUUGUAAGAGUGGUUGAUAGUCAACCAUGGACUGUCACUUCAUAAUCAUGUAAUCUUAGGGUCACUAUGAUGGGUUUAUCAAUCACAUUUCCUGUGUCUGCUUCACCGGUGAUCUUUGUUUAAAUGCUUUAUGCACCCACAGUAGAUGCUCAUUGUUUUGAUUUAGUAGAUCGGUAUUUGAUGUAGUUUGUCACAAUUUCACGGUUCCCAACACAGUUCCCCCUUCUAACCCUAGAAAAGUCACAUUCACCAGUCCACGACCCUACUCAGCAAGAUUCUCCACCUCUUCCUCCUAUAAACAUGCACUAUCCUCCCUCCUCUGCCCAACACCUCACUGUUUUUCUCAAAACAGAAUUAUGAUGGCGACAUGCUGUGACUUUGUUUUGAGGUUUCUUUUUAUUUCGUCUAUUUCUCAAUUGUCAUGUUGUACAACUUAAGUACUGAUGCAGAU